AUGUCUGGGAAGCGUGAGUUUAAGUCAUUUGGGAGCACUGAGGAGACGAUGUUCUCCCAGCAUCACAAGAUACCUAGUACGAGUGAGAUGUAUGCUGAGCCUGAGAAUUUCCUGGAGAUAGAAGUCAGGAAUCCCAAGACACAUGUGCCAAACGGUGUGGAUCAGCGUGGUAUGUACACAGAUUACGAGAUCAUAUGCAGGACUAAUCUGCCCAAUUUCCACAAGCGGGCAUCCAGGGUACGUAGAAGGUAUAGUGAUUUCGAGUUCUUCAGAAAAUGUUUGUUGAAAGAGAUAUCUAUGCUCAAUAAUCCAAGAGUGGUUGUGCCACACUUACCUGGAAAGAUAUACUUGAGCAAUAGGUUUAGCGAUGAAGUAAUAGAAGAAAGAAGACAAGGACUAAAUAGAUGGAUGCAGAUUGUUGCCGGACACCCUCUGUUGCAAUCUGGAUCCAAAACUUUAAUAAGAUUUAUAGAAGACGACAAGUUUGUAGGUUAG